AGUGAUGAUGAUGAUGAUUUUGGGGAUUUUGGCUCUUUUGAAAAGAAACAUGGUAAAAAAGAUGAGACAUCAAGUGAUUCCAUUACAGUUGAUGCCAAACUAACUGAAUCAAAAGUUAAUAAUGAUCCUUUUGUUGCUAAAGCAUCAGCUAUACAGGAUAAGGACACUGACAAUGAUUUUGGAGAUUUUGGUGCAUUUGAAGUAAACCACAGUGAAAAAGAAGAAAGAACUGGCAGUGUUGAUUCCGAGCCCAAACCUAUGUCUAAUCAAGAAAAGGAUAAAGAUGAUUUUGGAGGUUUUGGUGCCUUUGAUUCAUUCAGCAGUGAUACUCGUGAGGAUAAGGACCAGAAUAACAGCAUUGGGAGUUGUAGUGCUUCAGAUUUAGAAGAAAAACCACUCCAAAUUGAAGGUCAAAACAGUGAUGAUUUUGGAGAUUUUGAUUCAUUUAGACCAAGUGCCAUGAAUUCUCAAAAAGGGUGUGAUGGCAGUAGUGCUAACACUGAGACUUUUGGCAGUUUUGAGUCAAAUAUCAAAGAUUCUCAAAAAGACAAUGAAAGGUCAAAAGACUUUGGAGAUUUUGGAACUUUUGAGUCAAGUGUAGAAAAUUCUCUAAAUAAUGGUCAAUGUAAUGAUGACUUUGGAGGUUUUGAUGGUAAUAAAUCAAAUACCAAACGCGUUCAGGAGAAGGAUGAAAAUACUGACGAUUUUGGAGAUUUUGGAAGUUUUGAGACAAAUGCCAAAGAUUCUGAAAGGCAUAAUGAAAAUGGUGAUGACUUUGGGGAUUUUGGAAGUUUUGAAUCAAAUACCAAGGAUUUUGGACAAGAUGCCCAGUCUGGCUUUGGAGAUUUUGGUGCAUUUAAGUCCCGGGAUUCCAUUAAAAAGGAUGGUGGUGAUGAUGAUUGUGGAGAUUUUGGUGGUUUUGAGACAGUAGAAGAAAGAGUUUCAGAACAAAAAUUUGAAGGUUUUAAAGCUUCCAAUACCAAAGGCGAACUGAAGCAAAACAUCCAAACAAAUGAAUUUGGUGCAUUUGACUCCAAAUCAAAGAAUUUAAGUACUGCUAAACAAACUGAUGAUGACUUUGGGGAUUUCAGUCAUGGAAAGGAAAACAAGUCUGGUGGUUUUGCUUCAUUCUCAAGCUCUAACUCUAACUUGACAGCUAGUUUAGGUGCUUCCACUGACAAAAACACAAGAAUAAAGCAACAAAAAACAGAAAUACUGCAACAUUUCAGCCCUAGCGUCAAUUUUAUGAUCAAGCAGGCGAGAGAUUCUAUUUCUGUGUGUUUUACCUCACAACUGAAAAACAAGUUCAAUUCACAGUGUACCAUUUUAUCCUCUCGUGUUGGGAAAAGUUUACACAGGUAAGAUGAAUGUGUAGAGUUGUCUUCUUGAAGAGUAAUGAAAGCUGUCACUAGCUUUGACUAGAGAAACAAAGACGCUUACCCCCUGAAAGAGGGGAGGGGGCUACUCCAGAGUUAAAGUGAUGGAGAUAAUCAAAAGAGGGCAAAAUCAAACCCCAAAAAAAAUCUCCGGGCUUGUAACGAAACCCAAAAAAUCCCUUGACCAAGAGUUAACCUGCAAGAAAUCCUAUGCUGUAUUACUGAGCCAUAAAAUUUUUCCAUAAAGAACUAAAAGUAUAUAACAUUUCAAAAAUAAGUAGAAAUUGAAUGUUUGUGUUUUUUUAUUGCAAUGCUGGCUAAGGCAUGCAGCACUACACUAAUCUUUAGAUUAGUUUAAAUACCCCCCAGAACCCUACUUAAAUCAAUUUUCCUGCCCAAAAAGUUCCUAAAAAUGAGGAAAACCUCAAGCCCCCCAAAAUCCUUUGAUCAUCCCUGUCAGUUCCCCUCCCUUCUUUUCAGGAAGUUUACAUUGUUUUAACUGGUUAAAGCUAUGAAGACAAUGAGGUCUAUGUUAACCCUUUAAGUCCCAAUAGUGACCAACAGCAAAUUUCUCCUAAUGAUAUCCAUACAUUGUCAUGAGAUUAGGUUAUGAGAAUUAAUAAAAUGAUCAACUCAGAGAAAAUACUUUGAUCUUUUAUCAAUUUCUCUUAACUAAUUCUUAAAGGAAAUGUAUAGAGAUCAGUUUGGAGAAUUUGUAUGUGGAUAUUAGGGCUUAAAGGGUUAAUGGGCAUUUCUAUAGGAUGGAUACCCCCCUGAAAUAGACAACAUGAGUUACCAUUAGCAUUCUUCUAGUGAAAUGAAAAUUUGCUUGCCUGGUAGGAAAUUCUACUUGUUUAUGUCCCAGACAACCAGACGGCACUUUUUGAUCCCUGUAAAGGGGACACUAGCUGUUACAUAAUGUUUCUCUAGUGCUCAAGAAAAUUAUUUUGACUGUGUUUCAGGUUGAUACUGUACCUACUUUAUACAUAGAAAGUGUUCAUUUUCUUACAUGUAAGACAUAUAUAAUAUUUUUUUUGCUUCAGCAACAAAGAACUAUGGCAACAUCUUGAGCAUGCAGAAAAUGAGGGCCAAAUUCUGUUCAGCUGGUCUAAUUCUUUUUAGCCAGCACAAGAAGUUUUUGUCACUGUGUAUCUGCCCAGAGAGACCUCCCCUCUUCAGGUAAUUAUUAGUGAGCUUACGCAACAGGACGGAGAGGUAAGAAGACGGCAAACCUUGUGUGACAAGCGUGACAAUAAUUUUGUUUGAAAAACUUGUCCACCGAACUUCACCCUCCUUUAAACAGGUCUUUUGUAAAAGACCAGGAAAGAUUAUCUUAACAAUAAGUGAAGAUCACCACAAAAAAAUGCUCAAGUAAUAGGCCUGUAACGUUUUGUAACACACAAGCAUUUUGCCAUCCUCUUCUUUUUGCUGUCUUGUUGCAAAAACUCACUAUUUACUGGCAAGUGCAUCUUUAAAAAAUAAUUAUCAUUAACUGUUAAGUGGUAAUUUAAUUAAGUAAUUAAUUAACUAAAUGUAUUAAUCUUUUGAUAGUUAUGUUACAUUAUCAGUCCAUUUCACCUCAAGGCUGCCAAGUACAAAGAUAGACAGAUUUAGAAACAACAUUACAAUGGAAAAUUCGAAAUAAAAGGUCCACGGAAAGGAGUGAAUGCUACUUUCAAUGACUGAUUUUCCACUUGCCAUUAGUCAAAAUGAUUGUUGAAACUGUGUAUGCUGUUAUCACUGCCACUGCAUUUUCAUGUUGUAAAUCUGCCUAAUACCCAUUAAAAUCCAAUGAAAAUAUACAGUGCAGCUCAGAGAUAAGCAUUACCCCUACCACCACCUGCAAUAAAUUCAUUCAUUUUAUGACAAAAAUAUAAAUAGCACCAUACUGUAGAAAAGUACCACCAGGUACAUUAGCAAACCUCUCCUUCAUGGCAGAAUAACCCUCUAAAACCUUUUUCAUUCUAGGUGGGGUCAAUGUUAAAACCGAUAGUGUCAUCACAGUUCCCACCUUUUGGAGGAGGACAAGUAAGUUACUAGUCAUAAGAUUAUUGAGUCUCAUCUUCAUUGUCAAGAUUAUUGACAUGAUAAAGAAAAAAUCACAAUGUCAUACACAUAUCCCACAUAUUUUAUCAUUUGCAAACCCAAUCUGGUGAGCUUGUAACUUCCUGCAGGCAUUUGUGCAAAUUUCUUCGUAGCAGCUUUACAUUUUCCAUGGCCGCACAAUAAUUUUUUAGUUAAAUUUGAGUGUGCAUUUGUAGUUGUAGUGUGUGUUAUAACAAACCUUUUGUUGGCAAUUUUAUCUGAGGAGGGUCGCACAUGCCAUGUGGUACGAAACUAAGUAGUAAUAAAAAUGCCAAGUUGGAUCUCACGUUGACACCAGAUAACCUAUAUUAUCCCAUACAUGUAUAUCUUUCUCAUUUUGCACAUGCAUGUAUCAAUUAACAAACAUAUCAUACCACUCUCAUAUGAUUCAGUUAAAUGAAAAAUAUAACAAAGGUAACCACUAUGAGCUUACGAGUCUCGGCCGGUCAGCAGUCAAAUUCACAAGUGCAGGCUCACAUGGAAUGUUGUUGCUUUGUCACAAUCAGGAUCGUCAAGUUUCUUUAGUGGUUUUCAUAGCGGCUGUGAUGUCUUUGAGCGGCUUAUAUUCAUUCUAUGUCCCCCUUCCACUGAUUCAUCAGUGUGAUGAGUGGGAAUGGGAGCCAUUGCUGGUCUGCAGGGAUUUGCCAGCCAUGGGGGCAGAUUCUAUCUAGCUGCUGGCUUGCUACAGUGGAGCCCUAUGGAUGGCCCAGGCACCCACCCUCGAUUUAGCAAGGCAGCCAGUUAAUUAUACAGGCAGUCUAUGGUCACUUCUGUGGUAUAACAUAAAUUAAUUGUAAUGUGUGGGAUCUAUUCACAGCCUGGAGCACUGUUGAUGCCUGCCCCAGUGAGCAAAAUGCCACAGUUUACAUCUGAAUUGGUAAGUUCGGGCUAACUUAUUAUACAUUUUGUAUUUUCUCACAAUACUGUAUAUCAGGUAUUUUGAGUCACAGGAUCGUUUCCUGUAAGCUCUUUACAUUCUUACAAUAUUCAUGAGCUCACUAAGUAAUGAGGUCUAACCGUCUCUUGUUUUAGAAUUAGAGGACCAUGGCUUUCUUUUCCAAAGUUGCAGUUUCCAGUGGUUAAAAAAGCACCGAAGACUGUUGCUUUUCUCUUUUGCAUAAAGAGUUACUAAGUGAUGACAGGGUACAAAGAAAAUCAUUUUUACAGCUUGCCAUUUGGGCAAGCUGAAGCUAGCAUUUACUAGCCCAGAUGUCAUUUCAACUAGCCCCAAAAACUUUUUGACUAGCAGAAUUGAUUUCAUAGUUCUUCUGUUAAUAUUCGAAUUCCUCAAAAAAUAUCACUUGCCCAUUGGGCAAGUUUAAAACAGAAUUCACUAGCCCGAUAGCAAAAUCCACUAGCCCUGGGCUCUCAGACACUACUUUCUUUGAAGGCUGGAUGAUUUAUUUUUUUGCUUUUUUUUCCUUUUGGGUUAAGGAUUUCUUGGAGCCUCUGAAGGGAUCACAGGCGGCAGUGCAAUCCCCACUUCAGAGCAAGGAAUCUAUGCAAGGUUCAAGUCAUCCUAUGGCCCUCCCUGACCUUAGUGUAAGUGUGAACAGAGUUGUUUUAAAAUUGCCCCAUCACUAAUCGGGUGGUGGCAGUGUUUACUUCCGUUAAGUUCUGAUAGGUCAUGUCAAAAACAGAAAGCUACUUUUUGUGAAAGGUUUGAACCCAGGAGUCAUUUUAUAAAUUGAUGGAGCAUGAUCAUCCACAUGAUCGUGGUCCUGAACAGGACUGUUGUUGGCAACCCAGGCUAGUAUCACAGGCCAGUAGAAGUGUGUUUACCUAAUGGUAUCGGUAUUCAGCCUGUUGCUGUUGAAUUUUAAAAGCUGUUUGUUUCUGUUUUCAGUUUAUAAUGGGCAACAGCCUAAAGCGCACAUCUUCAAAACCAGGUAAGCGAGUCAAUUAAGUUUAAAUGUGUAGGAUGCAACAGUUUUUUGUGUCUUCUUAACCAGACUUUCCAACUCUGAAGAUACAGCUUUUGAAGUUACUAGAAGCAAUCAGGUUUGCAUAGUUCAUCAAGACUGCUUUAUAUGUAUGAGGCAACUUGUGUGAUAGCCCUUAAAAUGUCAGCUUUUGAAUCUGUACAAUUUACGUUUAGAACUCAGUUAAUAAACCAAACUUUUUUAUUGUCCCACCAAUGCAGUACCUCAGUUUCUUGUGAAAUUAAUUCCUUUAUUCAUAAGACUCUGCAGGAUGGAUAGGGUCAUGCUGUUUUUAAUUUAAUGGUUAAAAAAGUAUUGAGCUGUUAAUUCAUCACUAGUCAGUGAUGAAGGUAUGCAUUUUCAUUAUUGCAGAAAUUGCUGGAAAAACCUAUAAUAGCAAGCAAUAGGAGACACCUCCAGUAGUAUAACCUAACAAUAUCUGAUUUAUGAAAAGUAUUAGAGUUUUACUGUCAAACUGAAAAAAGCAUGAACAUCUGAAAUAAUAUUUUGAGGGAUGUUUAUUGUCCUGUAACCAAUCAAAACAAAGAUUGGGACACGCAAGCAAAAACACAAAACCACAAACUAAUAACUGUUGUUGCUCCUGGUUGAGUUUUCUCAUGCCUCACAAUAACAUUCCAUAAAUAUUUUUGGGCUCUUUGAGUUUUGCGGCAAAUGGUCCUUCUAAGUUUUUCAUUGUUUAGACUUGUAGCAGAAACUUGGUAGUAAAACUAUUAGUAGAGCUCUACAUGUGCGCAAACAAGGGGAGUCCCAUACCUUAGAAAAAUUGGUUAUCUAUCCAUCUGAGAAAUUUGGGUUAUCAUGUGACCGUAACGCCCAUCCACCAGUUCGUCCACACCACAGGGCACCCAAUGUGAAAUGUCAAAUUUUCUAGCUAGUGUGGAAGCUCGUUACCUGUGUUAACCUGAUAAUAGACAUCCAUGUUAUGGUUAAUUGAUCAGUGUCAAAAAUGUAUCCGCUGACCAGUGUCACAUGAUGGUAUCGUGGGCUCAGGUGCCAACUCAUUGAAGUCACAUGUUUUUUGAAGUUUUCCGCUGACCAGUUGUUAGCUUUUAAUUGAUCACAGGCUCAAAUUUAUGUUUUUCAGUUGUAUGGUUUUCACAUAAAGUUAAGUAUAGAUUUGUGGUCUUUUCAAUAGUUUAAAAGUCCAUUCUCUGCAGUAAAUUUAAAAUGCAUAAACAGGAGCUUCACUUUUAGCUCUGGCUAAAUCUAUAAUUAGUAUGUGCUUGCUUCUCUUAUAACUCUGCAGUGAAUAAGGACUUCUGACUAGAUAAGUUAAGAUAGUAUAUUAGGUACAUUUUUUAGCUAAAACACUUUAUCAAGCUUAAUCUCCUGUUAUGCUUAUUUUGAUAGACGUUAAAGACAACAUAUCAGAUACCACAUCUGAGUCAUCUUCACUUGAUCUUGAUUUCUUUGCACCAAGUAUAAGCCAGCCUCAAGAGGGAAAGACAGGUACCUAAACUUAUUUUGAAAUUAUUCUAGAAGGAUGCCUACAGUUAUUUUUAAGAAUGGAAAGAAAAAAGAUCAUAAAUCAGAAUCUGGAAAAAAAAUUCAGGACCCGCAACAAGAUGCUAUUAAUCAGGUUUCUUGAAAUUUCUUUUCUUUUGUUUGUGCAAGGAUUAUUUCUUCAUUUAAUUUCAUAAUGUCUUGUCUUGUACAUUUGAUUCAUUAUGCAUUUUUUCUUAUUAUUCAAUUUCUGCUGAAAAGUUUUUACCUCAUUCAUCGGGUCUUCACCAUGUUCCUGGGAAAUUGUUGAUCAAGAAGGAAAAAACGCUCCAAAUACCCCCAAUAUAGCCGCAACUUGUUUUAGAUCUCUUUAAAACCCAUGUUCAGUAGAUGGGUGUGUGGGGAAGGUGCCUGGUCAAACUGAGGGAGCUGCAAGUGAGCCUGGAAGGUAACCAUGACAACCCUGUGAGUGGCCUCUGCCAGGCGCUGUCACACUGAGAACCUCAGUGGAGAUUUUGGUUGAUACUUAUCAAGAUAUAUUCAGAGGGAAGGGAGGGCUGGAGGCAAGAACGUUAAAUUGACUGCACCCGAAGGCCAGACUGCUGUGUAUACUUGUUGUUUUUGGCUAGUUGGAGCUUCUUUCCCUGCUUUUGUUCAUUUUUUAGCGUCCAGAGGUCUCUAUGAAGAAGACUUAUUGGGGCUUAACAUUUCAUUAUCUUCAGUGGAUCAACAAAAGUUGGAUAGUCCAAAACCUCAGAAGACAUCUGACACUAAGAAAGUUUGGCAACGUGGAGGGGUAACGAUUCCACUUUCGUCACAGGAAAAACAAGCUCAACUGAGUGCUGCAGCCAAGAAUAUUUUAGAUCAGCUGGAAGAUUUAGCUUUCAUGAAUUCACCUGUACUGAUGUUUCCCCUAAAGCCUGAAUAA